UUUAGGGAGGUGCUUCCCUUUUAGGGGAAGUAUCUUUGAAAUUACUUCAUUUUUUUCCUGAGAUUACAUUGUGACGUGGCUAUCAAAUAAUCUGAAAAUGAAAGACUAGCUAGUUAGCUAAUAGUUAACGUUUUAUGAUAUUCUGUUAGAACAAAGCCGAAAAUAUGAACAAAUUCGUAAUCCACUUGUUUUCGUUCGUUUGUUUUCUGUUGAUGCUGUGUAAACAGACAACCGACGCCAAGAAUGCCUACGAUAUAAGAUGUAAGUGCAUUUGCCCACCCUACAAAAGUGUGCCUGGUCAGAUCUACAACCAGAAUGUAUCGCUGAAGGAUUGUAACUGUCUGCAUGUGGUGAAUCCCAUGCCAGUAGACGGGAGGGAUGUGGAAGCAUACUGUCUGCGCUGUGAAUGCAAAUAUGAGGAGAGAAGUUCAGGAAUUAUAAUGGCAACCAUCAUCAUCUACCUGUCGAUUCUGGGCCUACUGCUGCUCUACAUGGUGUAUCUGACCCUGCUGGAGCCUGUACUGAAGAGGCGGCUUUUUAGACACACUCAGCUCCUCCAGAGUGAACAUGACGACAGGGACCAGGAGCCCUUUGCUGACUCCCGCACAGCGCUGCCACGCUCGAGGUCCAACAUGCUGAACAAGGUGGAGAAUGCCCAGCAGCGCUGGAGGAUGCAGGUGCAGGAGCAGCGCAAGUCUGUGUUCGACCGCCAUGUGGUGCUCAGCUAAAGCCAGUCCUCCAUCCUGCUGGAGCAGGACCCAACCAAGGAGAGGAAUCACUGUAACUCACUUCUGCAACUUCAACCUGACCACUUCUUCACCAUGGUCACUUGACCUUAACUGCUGCGUGUAGGCCAUGUACUUGAUGGGUAGUAUUAAAUCUCAAACUCAUGUCCUGGAGGGCUGAAGGCAUUGCUGGAGAUACAGUGCUAUAGCCCUAUAUGACUUAAACCUGCCGGCACUGUGUCCCUCCCUCACUGCAGUUUGAGAUCCCUGGUGUAAAGUCAUUCCCCUUGUCUGUUUAACAACAGUAUUUGCCCUAUUGGACUUCAGCUUCUUAUUUUUGGGUCAAAGUUACAUUUACACUGGGUGCUGAUUGGCCUACAAUUCUGAGGAUUGUCCUCAUAAUUCCUGUUUACAUUCUGUUCUGAUGUUUCUGAGAGCAUUCCCCUACACCUUUACAGCAUGUGAUUUAAAUAGCCAACGUGCCUAUAAAACUGGCUUAAACAUUAUCAUGCCUGAGUGAAGUUCAGUCUGUUUGAAUGUAAGAGAAGACUUGUUUUCCCCAAGCUGCUGUGAUUGUAGAGGUCAUUUCAAAAUUCUAAACUGGGGUACAUAAGGGAUAUCAAUUUUGGGAUUUAUGCAUGUAACUAUUGAAUGAAGCCUAGUCCUUUAUUUUAUUAGCAGACUGACCAUGUGUCCUUGGUGUUUAUAGUCGUAUAGAACACUUGAGCAUGGAUAAUUGGUUGGGACCAAAAGCAACUGAUAACCAGCCCACCAGGACUAGAGUUGUGCACCACUGUUUUUAUCAAUACUUUUUUUUAAAUUACAUGUGAGAUCAUUUAUGAUUAUGUUUACCAUGUCCUUUUGCAUUGACAAAUUGCUUUUUAUGAUUAAACAAUUUUAAAACUUAAGUCACAAUGAAAUGUACAGUGUUUAAAUUUCACAUUUGUCUGCCCUCAGUAUGUCCUGCUUCUGUGUUCUGGGUCUAAAAUAAGAAACAAAGAAGGAGAUACAAAAUGUUUUAACAGAAAGAGUGGUUACGAAAUUGAUGGAUGUAAUUCAACAAAAAUGUUGAUGGAAUUAUGCAUGUAAUUCAAUUUCUGCUUUUAAUUACAACAUUACUUUAUUGAUGAAGGAUUUGAAGGAUUAAAAGUUCUGAAUUUCUGUCUUGAGUUAUUCAUUUGAGAAGUAAAAAAACACUAGAUUAUUAAUCUACAUUCUUCAUGUUUAACAUGCUACAUACCCUAAUGAGUAAAGGGUGGGGGGAAACAAAUAGCUGCUGGUAGUAUGAUUGUAUGGAGUAUUGCUUAAAUCACGGUUUGAAAGUGUUCGCAGUGAAAAGGAAUUUUCUUAUGUUCAAAUGCUUGUAGAAAUGUGAAUGUUUAUUCUUAUGUAAAAGUGAGUAAAAUGUCUCAUGUCAUUCUUGUCAUACAUUCUUGAUUUUCUAUUAAAUUCUAUAUUUUACACUAUA